AUGCCUCUGCCCUGCUUGAGCACUCUCCACCUGUGCAGCCUGGACAGAGGGGUCGGACGGGACGAGCUGUGCGGCUCCUCGGCAGCCGCCGGCGUUGCCCUGCGCCGGGGGGGCUGCCCGCGGGCGCUGCUGUCUCCUAGCAGCCAGGACGCGGCGCACGGGCGGCAGGAGCCCGAAGCGGCGCCGCACGGCGGGUCCGGCGCUCCGCGGGCCCCGACAGCUUCCCCCGGGCCGGGGACGGUACCGGCGGCUGCUCCUCUGCCCGGCACCCGGGGACGAAUGGCUUUGCGUUCGAUCAAGCCCGAGAACGCCAGGGGCCGGCAGAGACGCGCAGGGGACGCCGCCUCCGCUGCGCGCCGGGCAGCAGCCGGCGUGGCUGUGGGCGCUGCUGCUGCUGCAGCCCCCGCACCUACAGGACGUCAGCCACCAGGAACAUGCUGCCAGUCCUCAAACACCAAAUGCUGCAUCCAGGAGCAUCCUGAUGCAGAGAUCAGCUCACCUCUUCCGUCCCUAAACAACCAAAAUGUCACUGUGGUUCCUGCACCUCACCAGCCACCUUCUAAUGCCAACCAGCCCAAGGACUUCCUUCGCUGCCUGCCAUCCCACCUGGCCAUGUCCAUCCUGGGGCUUUUGGACCAAAAAUCCCUGAAGGCCUGUGCUGCUGUGAACAGAUUCUGGGCUUUCCUGGCCAGAGCAGUGGAGAAGGAACGUGUGUGUCAAAGCAUGGUGCAGGAGAAGAUCCAAUAUUUGCAGGGGCUGUGUCCUAGAGGAGCAGUUCCAAACUAUGCUAAAGUAGUGAAGGUGAUAAUUCCCCAGCUCGGUGAAGAGGGGGAGGUCACCCCAGUGAAAGACAACGAUUCAGAAAGCCAGGUGAAGGUAGGUUGGAAGGAGGAGGAAGACAACCUGCAGGCAGCCUACCACGAUAUCAAAACUGACACAGUCCAGCUGGAAGAGAGAAAUGUUUUCUGUAGCUGCUACAACAUCCGUGUCCUCCUGCAGCAAACAGACCGAAGCAGAGUGAUCCAUUAUGACGGUGGGCACCUGGUGGCCAUUGGCUCUGCAGACCGCCAAGUGAGGCUUUUUGACAUGUCAGAGAUGAGAGAAGUGCCUCCUCUGCUCUCUGGCCAUGCUGGGAGCAUCAAGGCACUCUUCCUCCAGGAGAAGAAAGGUUUUCUGCUCAGCACAGGCUACGAUCUCAGCAUCAGAUAUUGGGAUCUACAGAGUGGUGACUGCCUGAAAAUCUUCUAUGGUCACAGGAUGACAGUCACCUGCUUGGAUUUACAUGGGGAGCACUUUGUGUCAGGAGCCAGAGAUGGGACACUGAAAGUGUGGAACCUGGCACUUGGGAAAUGUCUGAGGACCCUGAGGCAUGGCAGUCCUGUGUUGGCAGCUAAAAUGGGUGGGCAGCACAUCAUCAGUGGUGGUGAGAGAGGGAUGGUCAAAGUCUGGAAUGCUGACACAGGCGCUCUUAUCAAGACAUUACAGGGGCACCAAGGCCCAGUUAAGUGCUUGACCUUUGAUCAGUGGCACCUAGUGACAGGAAGCAGCGAUGGAUAUGUCAUGGGAUGGAGCAUGCUGGGGAAGCUGAAGAGAUGCCUCAUAGCCUUCCGCCACCCUAAGGAAGUCCUGUCUCUGGAGUUCCUCUACCUCAGAGUCAUCAGUGGCUGUGCAGAUGGGAAGAUUCGUGUAUUCAACUACCUGACUGGAAGCUGCCUCAAAGUGCUGACAGCCAGCGGCGGAGGGGACCCUGUCUGCUCUUUCUGUGUGGCAGAAGGCAGGAUGGUGAUCAAUACUCCAAGCAGCCUGUUGCUGUACGAGUUUGAGGAGGUCUGGUGGGACUAUACCUUAGGCACUGACCGAGAGAUGGGGAAGAACAAAAAGUGCCUUGGGAAUUACAGAGCGAAAUGGCUUCAGCUGCAGCAAUCACAGGAUGGCCUGGAUCAGCUGCAUCGCCUCACUGGGGAGACACAAGGUGCCAAACCCAAGCACGAUGUCUGGGUCUCCAAAGAUGCUGCCAGGCCAGAAGCUGCCUGGAAGCAGCAGAAGAGAAAAAAUUCCUCUUGUUCAAUAUCCCCUUACAAGUUCCUCUUAACUGUCAGCAUGCUGCAGAAGACCAGGAAGGCAGCUCAAGGCAGCCCUGGUGUUAAGAACACUGCAAGAGGCAGGGAAUCAGGGAAACUUUCAGAGCAAAGCUCAUUAGUAUCUCCAUGGAAAUCUCCGAGGAAAGCCUCAUUGGGAUCUCCAUGGAGACUCCCACGGGAACAUCAGCAUCACCGCCCUGGCGAGGAGUGGAGCCACAAAACCUCUCUGCUAAGCAGGAGGGAUCAGGCAGCCCAGCUCCAGCCUGUGAAACCACACAGUGGUUCUUCGACUGUGACAAGAUUUUCUGUGCCCUUCGAAACCAAAAUGCUGCAGCUCAAGCUGGAACACUCUUUGUAUGGACCUGCUGUGAAGUCCUCCAUCCCUCCUCCCUCCGUCGUGCGUCCCAAGACCUGCGGUUUGCUGCGAGGGGAGAAAGCUCCCAGCGAGCAGAGUGAUGUCUCUCCUCUCCCUGAAGAUGAGGCUGAGCUCAAUGAUCCCUUUAUGGCUUCUUCGAAACUGAUCAAAUCCACACGUGUCAUAAUGGCCCAAAUGCCAAACGAAGCAACUUCCAGGAGGAAAUCAGUCUUCUGUCCAUGUGCUGGAGACCUCUCUCACAGCAGCUGUGAGUUCAGGCUUCUGACGGGGAAGCAGGAGGAGGAGAACGUGGCAGCUGCUGCAGCUGAGUACCAGGCUCACCAGGCAAAGCUCAGAGAAGAUCAGCAGAGAGCACGCAGGAGGGCUUGGCUGAGGAAAGUUAAAGGCUUGCCUACAGACUCCUUCACUGGGGAGGGGAAAACAGCUGCUCCUGAGCUUGGCUCUAAAACAUUCAACUGAGGCCACUGCUCAGACCAAUGCCCAACCACCAUCUGAUCCCUUUGCUUUCCAAGUACAAAAGACAUCUCCACUGCAAGUUUCCCCAACACUUAUUAUUGAUAUAUUUGGCUGUUUCUCAAGGCAA